AUGAAUAGAGACAAUGGUGCUGUAGUUCCGCCCAACCUCUCAAGUGACGUCUACACUAACUACACCGCUGAUAACAUCGACAUCAACGAUUCAACUCUGGAUGGUAAGAAUACAUUCCAUGCAACUCAAGUCCUGCACCAGAUGCACAACUAUCGCAAUUAAAGCCAUCGUCAAAUGUUACUUUGAAAAUUCCAGAAGCCAUGGAAAAACUUAUACCAGCAAAUAACAAUGAGGGUAAAACAUGCCCAGUAUUUGCCAAGUGUGUCAAGAUCGAGUGGUACACAGUUGAGAAGGACGAGUCUGACAUUGCGCAGCAAGCACGUGCCAUCGAUAUGUCUUACCUUGUGAUGCCACAAAACAAGGAAACAUGUCCUAGCUGGUCGGCUUUUAAUCAGUCGUUAAGUAAACGGAGUGCAGAAAACGCGGCAAUUACUACUGUGGGUUACAUGCCAAUAAUUCAGGCACCGGCACACGAGAUACACUGA